GACGGAGACUCUCAGCCCUCCAGCUCCCGUUUGGGAUUCUGUUUCUCCAGCUGCUGCUAAAUCUGUCGAGCUGAGAGGCGACACGACUCCGCCAGCGCUCAGCAAUCAGAGCGAGCGGCACUCAGGAUGACCUGCCAGAGUUACAGGUCACCCGCUGGGACUCUGGGGGAAGUCGUAAGACUUGGAGCUGCAACCCUCCGUUACAAGCUGACGAGGCCCAGAGACGGCUCGGCGGGAGCGUUCUGUACCACAUCAGCAGGGACGACACGCUCGGGCCCGUGUCCGCUCACGCCCACCGCAUACCGCAGCAUCUCUACCUGUCGGACUCACUUGAGCGCUGCAGCGGCACGUGCUGGAUCCAAACCCCGACGGAGCUGGGACUGUGCGAGACGACCAGGAGACAAGGGACCGGCUUCUGUCAAGGAUUCUCUUCCUGAUCCGCCAUGUUGGGUCGAUGAUGUCAUAGCAAACAGGACCACGUUGGAGACCUGGCUGCUCAGACCAUCCAGGAGGAAGCUGAUGGAGUGUUUGGGGACUCUGGCCAACCUGACCAUCCCAGACCUGGACUGGGAUCUGGUGCUGAAGGAGUUCAAGCUGCUGCCCUACCUGAAGGACCGACUCAAACCAGGUGAUGAGGAAUGGAGAAAGGAGAUCCAGAAGGAGAAGUUCCGCUGGUACCACCGUCAGUGGCUGGAGAUGGUGCAGAACCGGCAGCUGGGUGAAGCCGCAGAACCUUUCCUGUACGACGACGUUCUGGAGAGGCCCGGCUUGUUCUACAGUGCAGAUGGGAUCAUCUCAACUGACGGAACCAUCAAUCAGACUUCCAGAACCACGGUGUGGAAGGAGCAGGAUGCCUGAG